GCAGUGGCGGUUUGGGCUCUUUCCACGCGGCGAGAGCGCGGGGCAGCUCGGGAACCUCUUUCCUGCCCGGCCGGGCCAGGUACCGACCCUGCCUCGCGCUCAGGGGGCGCGCGCGGCCUCACUCACAGCCUGGGGGGAGGAGACCCGCGUGCGGCUCCGCAGGGCCCGGCCGCCGCCGGCUCUCAGCGCCGGGCCGGAACGCGCGUCCCGGGCCCUGCCUCCACCCUGGUCAGCCCCAGCCCGCCCCCGCCGGCAGCGGCCCACGAGUACCCGGGGAGGGCGGAAAGGCCGAGGUUAGCUCCGCACUGGGCAGAGCCUGGGCAGAGGGUACGUCCGGUUCCGGCCUCUGGAGUUGCACUGUGACACACACACCCCCCCAGUGCCAUCGCACCGGACUCACACCCCCUCCCACGGCCCGAUGCCGUCGCACCAGGCUCUCAGGGAUCAAGUGGCCAGGGCCUUGCUGAGGAGGGAUGUGCUGAUCGGCGCGGCUGUCGUCCUCAGACUCGCUCUCGUCUUGUACGGAGUCUAUCAAGACAGGACCAUGCUGGUGAAAUAUACAGACAUUGACUAUCACGUGUUCACAGAUGCCGCCAGAUUCGUAACAGAGGGGAGCUCCCCAUACCGAAGAGCGACCUACCGCUACACCGCUCUGCUGAGCUGGAUCUUAACUCCAAACAUCUACCUUACUCCUCUUUAUGGAAAGCUGCUUUUCAUUACUGGUGAUCUAAUAGCUGCAUACCUCAUAUACCAAAUCUUGCUGCUCAGAGAAGUGGACACCAGCAAAGCCUUCGGGUAUUGUGCUUUCUGGCUUCUUAAUCCUCUACCAAUAGCUGUGUCCAGCAGAGGAAAUGCAGAGUCUCUUGUAGCAGUACUUGUGCUUGCCACCAUGUAUUACAUAGAAAAAGGAAACAUAGUGAAAUCUGCUAUAUUCUUUGGCUUUUCAGUGCAUAUGAAAAUUUACCCAGUGACUUAUGCCCUGCCAGUAGCCCUUCAUCUGCAGAAUAAUGGAUGCUGGGGAAAAGGGAAAACAGAUACUGUCUGUUUAAAAAAAUCAAAGUUUUCUCUUGUGGACCACUUCUGGCAGCUUAUUUUAAGGCUGCUGAACCGUGAUGUAUUGUUUUUUGUGGUGGUUAGUGGAUUUACAUUUGCAGCCCUGAGCCUUUCAUUUUAUUAUCUGUAUGGCUGGGAUUUUUUGGAACAUACCUACCUCUACCAUUUGACCAGGAGGGAUAUCCGUCAUAAUUUCUCCCCCUAUUUCUACAUGCUGUAUUUGACUGCAGAGAGUGAAUGGAGUUUUGCCCUAGGACUCUCAGCUUUCCUGCCACAGCUGGUGCUUCUUCUAGUUGUGUCUUUAGCCUAUUACAAAGACCUUGUCUUUUGUUGUUUCCUACAUACUGCUAUUUUUGUAAGUUUUAACAAAGUGUGCACAUCCCAAUAUUUUCUUUGGUACCUCUGCCUCUUGCCCCUUAUAAUGCCUGUUGUGAGAAUGUCCUGGCAGCGAGGUGUUUUGCUUCUCCUUCUGUGGUUUCUUGGACAGACAAUGUGGCUGGCACCUGCAUAUUUUCUGGAAUUUAAAGGAAAAAAUACCUUUUUACUUAUAUGGCUGGCUGGCUUGCUUUUCCUUUUCAUUAAUUGCUUCAUCCUUGUUCAGAUUAUUUCUCACUAUCAAAAAGGAUCACAAGUAGCCAAGAAACUCAAACGUCAGUAAUGUGCACAUCGGGAUGUGUGCUAAAUCCUACAAGUAGUCCCAUUGACUUUAAUGAGAUUGCUCAAAUGAGCAGGACUUGGCCUAAUAUCAGUAAUGCAAUUGUAGGUACACAGUACUAAAACACAUUCUCUAUAAAUAGCCUUUUCCAGUGUCGUGAUUUUGGAGUGGGAGAGUAGGAUUAAGUGUUUGGGGACUUCACCACCACCACCAUAGCUGAGAGAGGGCUGGUCUCAGUUUUGAGUAAACUCAGUAUUGGGUAGAACUCAUAAGGUUGCAGAGGAGGGGUAUUAUAGCUCUGCUGAUAUCUUGUCAUAAUUUUUUUUUAAGUGUUUUGUUAGGUUGAUGGAGAACAAAAUAAAACUUAAAGUGAUCAGUUACCAAAUGGUUAUAUUUUUGUCUGUAUUUUAUGGGUACACAAUCCUGGUGUUUUGUACUUUGAUUUUUUUUAACAGAACAGAAAUGCUUAUACCACUCACAAUUACUUUUUUCUUUUGCCAUUUUAUUCACUCUUUUUAGCACUAACAGUUACAACAUGUCCAUUGCAAAGAAUAAGCACUAGAACAGGAAAAUUCCAGACAUCAAAUCAUUUAUCAUGGACUAUAUUAGUGGCCUGCAGCUAACAGGAUGGAUUGUCCUCCUUUCUCACUCACCCUCAAUCAAUGAUAUGUUAACCAGCUUAGCAAAAUGCAUAAUUUUUUUCAGCAGUCAAGUUAAGUAUUAGUUAUAUAAGAACGGCCAUACUGGGUCAGACCAUCUAGCCCAGUAUCCUGUCUUCCAACAGUUGCCGCCCCAGAGGGAAUGAACAGAGCAGGUAAUCAUCAAGUGAUCCAGCCCCUUUUGCCCAUUCCCAGCUUCUGACAAACAGGGUAGGGACACCCUCCAUGCCCAUCCUGGCAAAUAGCCAUUGGUGGAUCUUUCCUCCAUUAACUUAUCUAGUUCUUUUUUAAACCUUGUUGUAGUCUUGGCCUUCACAACAUCCUCUGUCAAGGAGUUCCACAGGUUGACUGCAUUCUGUGAAAAAAUAUUUCCUUUUGUUUGUUUUAAACCUCCUGCCUAUUAAUUUCAUUAGGUGAUCCCUAGUUCUUGUGUUAUGAGAGAGUAAAUAGCACUUCCUUAUUUACUUUCUCCACACAAGUCAUGAUUUUAUAGACCUCUAUCGUAUCCCUCCUUAGUUGUCUCUUUUCGAAGCUGAAAAGUUCCAAUCUUAUUAAUCUCUCCUCAUACAGAAGCUGUUUGCUUCCCCUAAAGUUUUGUUGCCCUUUUCUGAACCUUUUCCAAUUCCAAUACAUCUUUUUUGAGAUGGGGCGACCAGAUCUGCACACAGUAUUCAAUGUUGGCAUACCACAGAUUUACAUAGAGGCAGUAUGAUAUUUUUGGUCUUCUUAAUGCCUUUCUUAAUGAUUCCCAACAUUCUGUUUGCUUUUAUUGACUGCUGCUGCCCAUUGAGUGGAUGUUUUCAGAGAACUAUCCACAGUGACUCCAAGAUCUCUUUCUUGAGUGGUAAUGGCUAAUUUAGACCCCAUCAUUUUAUAAGGAUAGUUGGGGUUAUGUUUUCUAAUGUGCAUUACUUAGCAUUUAUCAGCACUGAAUUUCAUCUGCCAUUUUGUUGCCCAGUCACUCAGUGGGGCAGAGUGAUACACCACCUUUCCAAGUGGAAAAAAUUGAAGGCUUCAUGCUUUUUAUUCUCUCUGAGCACGGUUGGCUUUUCUCCACAGCUCACUUCAUUGUUCUCUCCUGACCUCCCAAUGUGUCUGCUCUUUUAAAGAGUGGCUUCAAGAAGGCAGCAGAGGGGAACAGAUUAUAUCAUGAGCUCAGACCAGGGAAGAAGUUUUUGGUAGGAUGGAGUAAGUCCCAUUCUGGGUCUCCAUUAUCUUAUACAUCUAGUUUCAGAAAAUUCUUUUUUAGCACAGCAUUCCCUAAAACCAUAUAAAAUAGCUUUCUCCAAUGCAAUAUUUACCUCAGAAUUGAGUAGUUUCCAAAGGGUAAGAUUUAACCACGUUUAAUACUGUGCAGAAUUUGUAGUUUGGUUUUGUCUUUCGAUUAGGGUGUAUGUGACAAAUCUGGCUUUCUGUUUUUGCCAUUAGUUUUAUUAAUGAGCAUAAACUGCAUAAUCAUUCAAGAAAUUAACAUUAUACUAUUGUUCAUGGGGGUCCAGAUUGCAAUACCCUUGCUCACACUGAGUAAUCUCUGAUUCCACAAGUAGUCCCAUUGACUUCAGGGGCACUAUUCAUGUGUAAUGUAUUAGUCAACAUAGGUCACUGUAUCAAUCUGGCCCUUACUGAAAAAUUUACCUUCUUGUUGAUCGUGCUGUGUUCUGCAAGAGCAGAUACAGUCUUUGUGGCACUCUGCCAUAGUAUUUGUACACUGUGCCCCUAAGCCUUCCCUUUUGUUUUAUAAUUACAUUUUUUCAUUUUAAAAAAGCCUUCAGAAUAAAGCAUUAAACCCCAGUUCUUCAAGCUUUUCUACACAAAAACCCUUACUGUACUCAGAGCCCUUUUGCAAUUCAUUAGGGCUCCAUGAAGGCACUGAAGUUAACAGCUUGGAGGAUUGAGGCCAGAGCUUCUACUAAGAACACUCCAGAUUAGUAAAACUAAAAGAGGUUUAUGUCAAAUUUGCUCUUCACCAUUUAUGAUGUUUACUUUUCUGGAAUUUCUGGUGGAGCAUGAAAACAUUACAUUUCACUUUUUUCCUGGUUAGUUUCACUUUGUUUCUCAUGCGCAAGAACUGCAAGGCUUUCCUCUCAGGGCAUGCUGGGAACUGCAGCUGCCAGGAAACCUCUAGCUCCCUCCCUUUGACAGUGUCUUAUUUGUGCGAUCUGGGCUCUGCUGGAUCCAGCAGCCCAUCGUGGUAGCCAGAAGCACUGCAGCCCAUUUCUGUUGGGGAAAGGAAAUUCUGUGUGCACAACAUUAAUUUCUGCAAAAUUCUGCAUUGCGCAGUGGUGCAAAAUUCCCCCAGGAGUAAGGCCUGAGUUGCAAAAAUAUAAGUGAUUUGUUUUUUAAUAAACUGCUUUGAUGAGA